UCCGUGGGUUGCAGCGCGUCGGGAGAACCGCGGCGGUUUCUGCGCUCGGAGCGUCGGGGGCCACGACGCCUGCCUUGUCCCCGCUGCGGCCCGGAGCCCGCGUUAGGCACUCGUUCCGCCCCGGGGCGAGGGCCGAGGGGGCCGGCUUCGGAGGAGGAGUGCGCGUGACCUCACUGCAGGUGCCUUGCGCUCGGCGGAGGAGGCGGGCGGCCGGCCUCCCUGGUCCUGGGAGGGUGUUCCUCCGGGGCAGCCGCACCUCCGAGGGGCCCUCUGAGGGAGCUGUGGCCCUCCUAACCUUCCAGGAGCCUCCAGAGGCUUUGGCUUCGGCGUGUCGUUUUAACCCUCUCCAUGUGCUCCCCAUCCAUUGGAAAAUAUGAUCAGCGCCCCUGACGUGGUGGCCUACACCAAAGAGGACGGGUACGAGGAAGAGCCUUACCAUGAGCCGGCCCUGCCCGAGGAGUACUCCGUGCCGCUGUAUCCCUUUGCCAGCCAGGAAGCCCAUCCCUGGUCCAAGCUGUCCGGGGCCAAGUUCUCGAGGGACUUCAUCCUGAUUUCCGAGUUCUCGGAACAGGUGGGCCCCCAGCCCUUGCUGACCAUCCCCAAUGACGCCAGGGUCUUUGGCACUUUCGACCUUAAUUACUUCUCGCUGCGCAUCAUGUCUGUGGACUACCAGGCUUCCUUCGUGGGCCACCCUCCGGGCUCCGCCUACCCCAAGCUCAACUUCGUGGAGGACUCCAAGGUGGUGCUGGGGGACUCCAAAGAGGGAGCCUUCGCCUACGUGCAUCACCUCACCCUGUACGACCUGGAGGCCCGCGGCUUCGUGAGGCCCUUCUGCAUGGCUUACAUCUCUGCCGACCAGCACAAGAUCAUGCAGCAGUUCCAGGAGCUGUCCGCCGAAUUUUCCAGAGCCUCCGAGUGCCUGAAGACGGGCAACAGGAAGGCCUUUGCCACGGAGCUCGAGAAGAAGCUGAGGGACCUGGAUUACACUCGCACGGUGCUGCACACGGAGACGGAGAUCCAGAAGAAGGCCAACGACAGAGGCUUUUACUCGUCUCAGGCCAUCGAGAAGGCCAAUGAGCUGGCCAGCGUGGAGAAGUCCAUCAUCGAGCAUCAGGACCUGCUGCGGCAGAUCCGCUCCUACCCUCACCGCAAGCUGAAGGGGACCGGGGCGAGCGCUCCGGGUGAGACGGAACGCGGCCAGGAUGAGGCCGAGCAGCACGCCACCGCUGCUCCUCACACCCACGUCGAUGCGGAUGCUGACACCCAGCCGGCGGCCGACCCGGAACUCUAUGCCUGUAGACCCGCCUACACCCCGAAGCUCAUCAAGGCCAAGUCCACCAAGUGUUUUGACAAGAAGCUGAAGACGCUGGAGGAGCUGUGUGACACCGAGUACUUCACCCAGACCCUGGCUCAGCUCAGCCACAUCGAGCACAUGUUCCGGGGCGACCUGUGUUACCUGCUGACCAGCCAGAUCGACAGAGCACUUCUCCGGCAACAGCACGUGACCAGCUUCCUCUUCGAGGACCUGGUGGAGGUUUCUGACAAGGUGCUGGAAAAGCAGGAGAGCCUGCCCUCUCAGACCAGCCAAGACCGACCACCUGCCCGGGCUCCGGAAGAAUGCCGCGUGCCCCAAGUAUUGGUCAGCGCCAGCUCUUACAAGUCUAGCGUGGAGGCAGUGCCCAUCAGGAUGGAACAGGACCUAGGAGAUGAGGAGGACAAGGAGGCCGAGGCGCCGGAAUCGGGCAGCUUCGACCGGCAGGAGCACCUGGACUACCUGGACAUGGACAUGAAGGGUAGCAUUAGCAGCGGGGAGAGCAUCGAGGUGCUGGGCACCGAGAGGUCCGCCUGCCUGCUCUCCAAGUCCGACAGCCAGGCCAGCCUCACGGUGCCGCUGAGCCCCCAGGUGGUCCGCAGCAAAGCCGUCAGCCACCGGACCAUUAGCGAGGACAGCAUCGAGGUGCUGGGCACCUGCCCCUCGGAGGCCCUCAUCCCAGAUGACUUCAAGGCCAGCUACCCAAGUGCCAUUAAUGAGGAAGAAACCUGUGCGGACAGCGAGGGAGCCAUCCACUUCCAGGCUGGCCCCAGCCCGUCAGAGCUGGCUGAGGCUGGGGAGGAGGAUGACGAGGAGGGUGUGAGGCGCGGUUUGGACCAGACCCCAUCACACAUAGAUGCAUCUUGCUGUAUCGGCAAGGAGAGCAGCGCUCAGCUGCCGCCCCUCCCUGCUGUGGCUCACUCGCUCUCUGACGAGGACGGGGUGGUGAGCGUCUGCCCGCAGCCACUGCGGCACAUGGAGCAGGCGUGCCACAUGGACCUGGCCACGGAGAACGCCAGCCCAUCCCUCCGAGACAACAGCUCUGAAGGGUUUCCUGUGUACGAGUUGGACCCAAACCACCUGCUGGCCAGCCGGGAUACCAGUAAGAACAGCCUGGACAGCUGCUCGGACACCCACAGCUACGUGGGCAGCAUUGCCUCCACCAGCUCUGACAGGACCCCCACCUCUGCUCAGCCCCCUGGCCCGUCUUCCGAGAGGCAUAAAAAGAAGGCUGGUCAGAAUGCCUUAAAGUUCAUCCGCCAGUACCCCUUUGCCCACCCGGCCAUCUACUCCCUGCUCAGCGGGAGGACGCUGGUGGUCCUCGGGGAGGACGAGGCCAUUGUCAGGAAGUUGGUGACCGCGCUGUCCAUCUUCGUCCCCAACUACAGCCGCCACGCCAAGCCCGUGAAGCACUGGGUCGCCCCACCUCUGCACAUCACAGAUUUUCAGAAGUGGAAGCUCAUUGGCUUGCAGAGGCUGGCCUCUCCUGCCGGUGCUGGGACCUUGCACGCCCUGAGCCGCUACAGCCGUUACACAAGCAUCCUGGACCUGGACAAUAAAACCCUGCGCUGCCCACUCUACAGAGGUGCCCUGGUGCCCCGCCUAGCUGACCACCGCACGCAGAUCAAGCGGGGCAGCACCUACGCCCUGCACGUCCAGAGCGUGCUCACGCAGCUCUGUGCCAAGGCCUUCCUCUACACCUUCUGCCACCACCUGCACUUGCCCGCCCACGACCAAGAGACAGAGGAGCUGGUUGCCAGCCGCCGGGCCAACUUCCUGAGGCUGAACCUGGGCCUGGUGAAUGAAGACGUCAGGGUGGUCCAGUACCUGGCCGAGCUGCUGCGGCUGCACUACCUGCAGGAGUGCCCCGGGAACAGCCCCCCCAGGCUCAGGUCCGACUACGUCCCCAGUUUCCUGUACAAAAUCUGAGAAGGCACCCAGCUGACCAGGCCUCUGUAACUGGGGAGGGGAUUCGAGGACUGGCCCGAACUGAACGAUCCCGCCUGCUGGUGUCGUCCUUGGUUGGCUGGUGUGGCAUGUGGGACUGGGGCAGAGGCGGGGGUGUAGCUGCCUCUGAAACACCUGGGAGGACCGUGGUAGCUGCUCUGGGCUCCUGGGCAGGAGGUGGCCCCUGGCAUGGGGACAGGGGUGGUUGGAACUUGGCCUUUCCAGAACUGACAGCCCCCUGGGGUAGGGGGAGCCAAAGCCAGAUGGCUGGAGCAUGCUGGUCACAUCCAACCCUUAGAGGAUGCUGUGACAAAACCAGCCAGGGAGGCAGUGAAAAACAGGCAGGACAUCCCAUACCCCAUGCAGAUCGUCCAUGGCCACACGAUAGCCCCAACGGUCCAUCACCCCUCUGCCCCCUCCCCACACCAGGCCCAGCCUGACUUCUUCCCAGGCUCUCUAAAGUCACUCUCCCUGGUGGGUUCCGGGUUCACACAGGAGGCGGGCAGCAAAGGCCCAGCGAGUGAAGAGAAAGGCCUUCUGGUCUGGGAGCCGGGGAUGCGGCAGAUAGAAUGGACCCCGCUUCUCCGACAGCUAAACCUUCACAACCACUUCGCUACCUCUCCCGGACUGGCAUGGUGAUGGUCCAGCACUCAGCCCGGUGGCAAGAGCCCAGACCGGGAUGUCCUGGAGAAGCUACUGAGUCGAGGGUCCCUGUGGGUGUGCCUCCACUCCCCCUGCUUUGGAGGGCGUUUGGGAUCAGGAAGGAGACACCCUCUCGCCCCCGCCCCCCAUACUUCACCAUCUUAGUUGGGGCCAGCAUGGCCUCCAGAGGUACCCUGCCCAGAUGCCACUGUUGUGCUACUGAUUCCUUUUCUAAGGUGACCCACAGCUUUGUGGAGCAGCUGGCACAGCCUCUGGAGAUGGCCUGCCCUGAUGCCACUGCUGUGCUGCUUGCGGUUCUGAGGUGACACACGGCUCUGCGGGGCAGCUGGCAUGGCCCGUGGCAACAGCCUGCCUAGAUGCCACUGUUCUAGCUUCCCUGCUGAGGUGACGCAGGGCAGCUGUUCAGACCGACAGGCUGCCGGGAGCCCUUGGCGGCUGCUAAUGUGAAACGCUCCAAGCUAUCUGCUUCCUUCCCCUUCGCCACCAUCUGUUGCCAUGCCCCACCUGCCUUGUGUGUUCCACGCUGCCUCGUCUUCCAGCUGGGCAACUGAUUGCCAUGUGCUCUGGUGACCUUUGUCUCAGAGGAAAGGGAGGGUGACUGCGUGGGUCCUCCCACGACAAGUGGAAGGUGGGCAUUGGCCGCUGUGGAAGCAGGGCAGGUGGGUACUGCUGUCCCUUGGAAGAGCCUCGGGCAGCUGCUGGCCAGACAGGCAGAUGUGGCCUCCUGGAAGCCAAAGGCCAGCACCGUAGUGGCACUGAGGAGUCGCCCCCCCUUCCCCGACACACACACCCCGGAGUCAUCUGUGUGCUACUGCAAAGGGCCUGAGCAGGCAGGAGACGGGGGAAGGGAGCCAGCCAGAUGUGGCCAAGAGGGCACCUCACAGUGCAGGUAACCUCGCCAACUGCUGGCCAGCACCAGAAAGGACCUAGACCUGGACCACGGUGUCAGGAUUCCACAGAUGCCAAAAUCUUUCCUUCCAAAGGGCUCUUCAAGGUGUGGGGGCCUCUGGGCAACCCUGUCCCUCUGCAUGGCUCCCCUGUAGCCAGAGUCUCGCGUGUCUGACCUGGAGUUGGCAGGGUCCCAGUCCCCUCAUGUCAGGGAU